AUCAAUUUCCCACUUCCUCUACUUUGCUUCCCUUCACAUGUAAGCCCCUUUUUUUGCUUUUUUUUUUUUUUUUUUUUUCUAUAACAACUAGCCUACCUUCCUAACUUUGCACACUCUCUCUUUCUUUUGUGGCAAAGUGAAGACACAUAGAAAGAAAGUAAACACACACUGUUGCAAGAUCUACUAGUCAUUGAGUUCUAAUCCGGGGGUUGAUGGGUUCUAUGAACAACCCAAAUCCUUGGUCACCCUAUGCGACAUAUAGGGAUUGUAACCAAGGAAUUUGUAGCAUAUAUUGCCCACAAUGGUGCUCCAUCAUUAUGCCUCCUCCCCCUUCUUUUCGUUUUGGUCUUGGAGAUGAUAAUGAUCCUUCAGGCUUUCAAUUCUCUCCUCUCAUAGUAGCAGUCAUUGGCAUCUUAGCAAGUGCUUUUAUCUUGGUAUGUUACUACACAAUCAUCUCAAAAUACUGUAGGAGAAGGGGUAGAAACAGUAACACAACCAUGGAACUUAACCAUGAUCGUGAUUUCAUCAAUCAUGAAUCAUUGCAAGCUGCUUCUUCAGGAUUGGAUGAGACCCUUAUCAAGUCAAUCAAAGUUUGCAAGUACAAGAAAGGUGACGGGUCAGUUGAAGGCACCGAUUGCCCUGUUUGUCUAAGUGAGUUCAAAGAAAAUGAGAGUCUAAGGCUGUUACCAAAGUGCAACCAUGCUUUUCAUCUCCCAUGCAUUGAUACUUGGUUGAAAUCUCACUCAAGUUGUCCUCUUUGCCGCUCCAAUAUUAAUAUUAUUGCUUCUACCAAUUCUCUGCCACCUCAAGUACCAGCGCAUCCAAGCCAAGAAACUCCACCAGCAACUAAUGUUUCUGCUCUCCAAUACCAACAUGCCAAUGAUACUAUUCUCGUGGUACAAGAUUUAGAAGGUGGUGCUCAUGAAGAGGCUGUUGUUAGCCUUGUACUUAGUGGUGAUGUUAUGCCUAAAACUUCAAUUCCAGGUCUUGGACAUGGAGACAUUUCUCAAACAAGAGAUAACAUGAUUGAAAUUAGACAAGAUGGACUUCAGCCAUUGAGGAGGUCUUUUUCAAUGAAUUAUUCUGUGUGUCAAGGCCAUGUUUCAAUUGCUGACAUAUUACGCGAAGGCGACAAUGGUGAGGAAUGUGCAAUCGAGAUUUUGGACAUUGGAUCGUCAAAGGGACUUGAAGAAAGUCAUUGCAAGGCAGAUAAUAGAAAAGGAAUGAAGAGGUCGAUUUCCACAGGAAGAUUUAUGUUCACAAGGUAUGGGAAAGGAAGUAUUUCUGACAUUCCAAAUUGAUUUUUUUUUUUUUUUUUCUUCUAGAUGUAUAAUACCCACAAUAUCUUUGGUUCUGUAACAUAUUAGAGAUACCCAAAAGAAGAGAGAUCCUGGAUAUAAUUUGAUAGAAAGCAUAAACUUGCACUUGUGAAUCGGUAAACCUUUUCCUGCUUUA